AUGGUAACCCGGACCAUCCCAAUCCCUACGGCACCACGGGGUGACCUGAGGCACCGCCUCCAGGCCUCCGCGGCAAGGAGCCAGCAACAAGCACGGAGGAACGCCGGACAUGGGGCCCAGCGGGCCAGCGCCCAGGGAGACAGUUCCACCGGAACCGCCCCAGGCAGCCUCCAAGGUCUAGCGCCGGGAGGUCUAGGCAGACCAGCAGGGUGUCCAAGAGCAAGGGGUAAGGGACCGUACCUGGCAGCACCGGACUGGUUUCCAGGUGUGGUGGUCGGGGCUGAGGUGGAGAGAAAAUUCAUCCUGCUGGUGGUCCGACCUCGAUUCUAUGGAAUACCUCCGCGACUCAUGCAAAUGUGUGUCAAGCCGGCAACAGAAGUGCCCAGUUCUGUACCACACCUGAUAAACACAGAGGGACACAUUCUGUACAUCCUGACCGGUUACAGUGUGGAGAAAUAUUUACUGAGGACAUCAAGCAGAUUUGUUAACAAGAGAUAUGGUGGUUGGUCUUUUGGACUGCAGUUACCAAGUGAAACGAGUUCCCUUAAUUCAACCAAUAUAAAGACAAUGAAGGUCUGGUACAAUCAGCAGGGUUAUCACACAGCAUAUUUAAAUCAACUGAAUAACUUCAUUCUUUGGGCCAACCUGCCUCCUGGCACAGACUGGACUCAGUAUGGAAUUACUCUCAACAGUCAUCCAUAUGGAGGAGCCUUGCUAGAUGAAGACAGAAUCCAGGAGAGUGUUCGUCAGUGUGGAGUGGCUCUGUGCUUCCUGCUGGGAUUCUCCGUUGUCACUGCCAGCAUUGCCACCUCAGUGGUGAAGGACAGGGUGUCCGGGGGGAAGCGGUUGCAGCACAUCUCGGGGCUCUCCUACACAACCUACUGGCUUGCUAAUUUCCUCUAUGAUGUGGUGUUCUACCUUGUCCCAGUCGACCUGUGUACUGGAGUUUUUGCAGCCUUCCAGCUGACAGCCUUUACAUUCAGAGAGAACCUGAGCGCAGUUGCUCUGCUCCUCAUCCUUUUUGGGUUUUCAACGCUGCCGUGAGUGUACCUCAUGUCUCGCCUGUUCACUAGCCCUGACGUGGCUUUCAUAACCUACAUUUCAAUAAACUUUGUUCUGGGCCUUGGCACCAUCUUCAUCACUUUCCUCCCUCGGUUCCUGGCUUUCAUUUCCAAGCAACAGCCAUGCUUUUAGGUAGUGUUGCGCAUCACUCCCCCUGGAGAGUGAAAUGUCCCCACCCUGUGCAACCAUCUGUUUCCACUAUUGACUGUCAUGAUUUCAGCCAGCAACAUUCUUUGAUCCAUA